AUGGCAUCAAACCCAUCAAACGAACGUAAACCGCUUCUGUCAAGGGCAUCCUCAUCAGUAGAGUCAACCGAAGAUGCAGAACAGCAACAUGCUCAGUCGUUACUUGCCGAGGGAUCUCAUUCGCAUUCUCGCCCUCAAGAGCGUGCCAGUCGUACCCCGUUACCCGUCAGGCAACUAGUAGUACUCUGUAUGAUGAGAAUAUCAGAACCCAUAUCGUACACCUUGAUAUUUCCCUUCAUCAACCAAAUGUUAGAAGACAUGAAAGUCACCGAAGAUCCUAGACAGAUCGGCUAUUAUGCUGGAGUGAUUGAAAGCUUAUUUGCAAUUGGCCAGCUGCUCACCGCGAUCUUCUGGGGUAGAUUGUCGGAUAAGAUUGGACGGAAACCGGUGAUGAUGACCGGUCUGUUAGGGAUGGCUGUUAGUGUGAUCCUAUUCGGACUGCAGAAGACCUAUUGCGGCUUAAUCAUCUGUCGAUUUCUUGCCGGAAUGAUGAAUGGUAAUGUUGCCGUCCUACAGAGUAUUGUGGGGGAAAUUACGGAUGCCACGAAUUUCGCUGACGCCGCCUCGUAUUUGCCCCUUUGUUUUGCAAUUGGCAGCAUUGUCGGACCAAUCAUUGGUGGAUACUUGUCAUUACCCGCCCAACAAUAUCCCAGCUUAUUCGGAGGAUCGGCAUUGUUGAUCGAAUAUCCCUACUUUUUGCCCUGUUUGGUGGGCGGACUUUUGAACUUCGCUUCAAUUAUCGUAGGAUUUUUUUUCAUGGAAGAAACGCUAGUAACGAAGAAGAAACGACCUGCCACGACCAUCUCAGCAAACGACUGCCGAGCGGACUAUGGUACGAUAACGACCAACGUCGACGCGAUGGAGCCGACGGAUGUGAUGAUGUCACCGGCCAUCAUAAUACACGCAAAGCCCCCGUCAAUCCGCUCUCUCUGUACCCAACCGCUCUUGAUGGUCCUUCUCUCCCUCGGACUCAUGCAUUUCCAGAAUACUGCCUGGGGGGCUAUUGUACCUCUGUACAGCUACACAAAGAUCGAAAACGGCGGACUGGGUUUAGGCUUGGACGAUAUCGGGUUCAUGCUCAGUACUAGUGGCUUUGGCAUGAUUGUCGUCCAGCUAUGGGUCUUCCCAGCACUGCAAAGGAGGUUUGGUGCCCUCAGAGUCUUUCAGUUGACGCUAGGACUCUUCACGAUCUCAACCAUAUUACCUCCACUCGUCACCUACCUUGCUCGAUUACCCAAUACCAAGGUCUCGUCAACGGUUGCCUAUAUGUCGGCUGUCUUGAUGCUAAGGAGCCCAACGACCAUGUGCUAUGUCUGUACGCUGAUGAUGACCAAGAUGUUGUCGCCGAACACGCUGGCCCUAGGAACAUUGAAUGGGAUGACACAAACUGUUCGCGCGUUCGCUCAGGCUGUUGCUCCUGUCGUCGGUACCUCUUUAUAUGCUUUCAGCAUAUCUUUGAAUAUUCUGGGGGGUAACUUCGUUUGGAUCAUCAUGGUUUUGAUUUGUCUCAUCACCCAUGCUUUCUCCUUGAUGAUCAAGCCCCAGUCUUUCGAACAGGCCAAAAACGUCCGAAACCACUGA